UUGCCACGGCCGCCAUCAUUACUUUCUUCUGUUUGACUCGCUUCGGUCGCGCGUGUUCGGGAAAAAAAGUGAACGGUAGUGUAAAAUUCGCGUGAAAAAUAAUAUUUAUAAUCGCAAAGUGGAAAGUUACGAAUUGUAUUUUUUGUCCAUUUUCCUGCACAAGCUCAAAAGCAAGUGUCCCGGCAAGCAGAAGAUGACCGACGCGGCCAUUGUAUUCAAGAACGAGCAACCCGGCAAGGUGGAGCAGACCAACGCAUCGGAUAUCGACCUGAACUACAGAAAUUUGUUGGAAGCUACGGAUUGAGAGUGUUUAUGAAGAAUGAGUUGCUGUACAGGUUUAUUGGGUUCACGGGAGACGAACAGAUAAUUGCGGACUUUGUUAAGAAUAUCCGAAUUUCCGAUUGGACAUGCUGGAGAAGGAACUGCCAACGCGAGGCUGGAAUUGGGGAACGAUUCACUUCAAGGGCAGUGUGCUGUCAUUCGAUGUGGAAAGUAGAACCAACAUUGAGAUUCCGCUGAGUCACGUUUCCCAGUGCAACAGUGGCAAGUACGAGGUGACCGUGGAGUUCUAUCAGAACGAUGAUGCACCGGUCAGUCUAAUGGAGAUGCGCUUCCACAUUCCUAUGACGGAGUCGGCUGAAACGGAUCCGGUCGAGGUAUCCCCGGACCAGGUCAUGAAGCAAGCUUCGGUCAUUUCCGCCACUUGCGAUGCCAUUGCUAUCUUCCGGGAGAUUCAUUGUCUUACGCCGCGUGGUCGCCAUGACAUUAAGGUGUUCCAGUUUCCGGUAAGCUGCACGGUUAAACCACAGACAAACAGACACAAUCGACUGAUGUUCUUUGUCAUUUCAUUGGACCCACUGAUCAAGCAAGGUCAAACUCAGUACCACUUUCUGGUUACGCAGUUACAUAUGGAAGAGGAAACAUGUAUUGAGUUACCGUUCUCGGAGGAUGAGAUGAAAGAAAAGUAUGAGGACAUACUGACACACUUGUCCGGGCCGGUGUACGAAGUGCUGGUGAAGUGUCCCGGCAAGCAGAAGAUGACCGACGCGGCCAUCGUAUUCAAGAACGAGAAACCCGGAAAUGUGCAGCAGAUCAACGCAUCGGAUAUCGACCUGAACUACAGAAAUUUGUGGGAAGCUACGGAUUGA